CUCAUUUUGGAUUUUGUUUUUGGUUUUUGUUGAUUUAAGAAAUGAAAAACAGAAACUGUUUACGUGUCCAAAGCCAACUGAUAAGAAUGAAUACUUACCGACAAUUAACAGUGCAUUUCGCUUUGUCUUAAAUUCAGUUUUAACAUCUUUUACAACGUAUGUAAAAAUUAAAAACCAGCAUAACCAGUGACUUGCGAGCUUCCACAUCGUGAACUGAAAAAAAUGCCGAAAAAAAUUAUUUGUCUCUUCGACGUUGAUGGUACUCUUACUAAGCCAAGAAACGAUAUUGACCCCAGGUUUGAACUAUUUUUGCAGCAGAAACUCAAACCAUUAUGUGCAAUUGGUCUAGUAGGCGGGUCAGAUUUCAAAAAAAUUGCUGAACAAAUGUGCGGUGAAGAUGUUAUUGAGCGAUACCAGUAUAUUUUCUCAGAAAAUGGUCUAGUCUAUCAUAAAAAUGGAAAAGAAGAAAGUAUUAACAUGUUUUCCAUUCACAAUUUGUAUAUUUUAUCUGACAUAUACUUUAUUUUAGGCAGAGAAAAUAUCCAGAAGCAUAUAGGAGAGGAUAAAUUGCAAAAAUUUAUAAAUUUUGUACUUGGAUAUCUUUCCACUAUAGUUCUGCCCGUUAAAAGAGGAACUUUCAUUGAAUUUCGGACAGGGAUGUUGAACAUAUCUCCUAUAGGUAGAAAUUGUUCUCAGAAAGAAAGAGAUGAGUUUGAAAUAUAUGACAAGCAAGAAAAAAUUCGAGAAAAGAUGAUUGAAGCCCUAAAAAAAGAAUUUCCUGAUAUAGGAUUCACCUACUCCAUUGGUGGACAAAUAAGUUUUGAUGCUUUUCCUACAGGGUGGGAUAAAACAUUCUGCUUAAAUCAUUUGGAACCUGAAGGUUUUGAUGAAAUACACUUUUUUGGUGAUAAAGUUUAUAAAGGAGGAAACGAUUAUGAGAUAUUUAAUGAUUCUCGCACAAUCGGACACAAAGUGUUAAAUCCCCAAGAUACCCAAAGACAAUUAGAGGCAUUAUUUAAUUUAUAACUUAUACAAAGUAUUAAAAAUAUAUUUUUAAAAUUUUAUAUCAAUAAGUAUAAAAAAUAUAUCACAAUCCCUUAAA